UCCAGUGCCCCGUGCUGGUCCCGACCCCCCCCAGAAGGACAACUAGAGAAGGGGCGACAAGGCUGACGAGUGCUAUGGCAGGGAGCGACCAACAAGGCCAGGCCUGUGUCAUUAAAGUGGGGGCUCGCUGGCGCCAGAUGCGGUGGGAGACGAGAGGUCAGCCAGGUUCGCCAAGAGACUGGACACGUGCUUGGGGGAAAGGGGCAUCGGUCGCGGGAGCGAUGGGCACGGCCUGGGCCUUCCACGCAGCGCUCGCGGGGCCAUGGGGGCGCGAAGCCCGGCCCCAGGGCGGAUCAUGCCCUCGGCCCACCCGGGCCAGGCGGGGAUGCCCAGCGGAGAGCUCUGAGCGCGGCGCCCGGCUCGCCCGCCCUGGCCGCACAGCUGCCCCGGGGAUCAGCAGCAUGAAAGAGGACGACCUCGCUGGCGAGGAGGAGGAGAUGCCGUCCUUCCACUACCGGCCCAACGGCCGAGCGAGGUCAGGUUGCAGCCAGUGCCAGAAGAACCUGUCGCUCCAGACCUCGGUCAAGGUGCUGUACACCUUCUUCGUCCUCCUCGUCAUCGCCGUGACGGUGUUGGCAUCCCUGGUCUUCAGGAGGGUGGACUCCAUGUCCGACAACAUCAGCUCCGCCCAGGCCCACUACGAGAGGAAGAUCCUGUCUGUCCAGCAGGGCCUCCAGGACCUCGAUCAGCGGUCCGUGGGGAACUGCUCCUCGUGCCGCGAGACCGGGCAGCUGGGCCAGGACAUCAGCAAGCUGCAGGCGGAGCUGGAGGAGAUCCAGAAGAUGCUCCUGGUCCAGGAGAUCCUGCUGGACCGGACCUCCCAGACCCACCAGCUGCUCACGGCCGCCGGCAACAAGCUCACGGGAGAAGCGGACGCCUGCUCCUUCUCCAUCCGCCAGGUCAACCAGAGCCUGGCGCAGCUGCUGGCCCAGGUGCGCGGCUGGCAGGCGGCGACGGCCGAGCUGGACGGGUCCCUGAAGGGGCUGGCGCAGGAGCGCUACGACGUGCGGGCGGCCCUGCAGCAGGUGAACUUCACCCUGGGGCAGAGCUGGGAGCGGAUCCGCCUCAUGCAGCGCAAGGCGGACGAGGAGACGCUGACGCUGCAGAAGAUCGUGACCGAGUGGCAGAACUACACGCGGCUCUUCGGGGGCCUGCGGGCCGCCUCGGCCAAGACGGGCGAGCUGGUCCGGAGCCUGCAGAGCGGGCUGGGCGCGGCGGCGCAGAGGAUCGGGCAGAACGCCGAGAGCCUGCACGACCUGGUGCUGCAGGUCAUGGGGCUGCAGCUGCAGCUGGACAACGUCUCGUCCGCCCUGGACGAGCACGGGGAGAACGCCAACGACUUGCAGUACCACGCGCGGCACGCGGAGAACCGCACGGACGAGCGCUUCGCCACGCUGGAGGGGCGCAUGGCCUCCCACGAGGUGGAGAUCGCCACCAUCUUCGCCAACAUCAACGCCACCGACAGCCACGUGCACAGCAUGCUCAAGUACCUGGACGACGUGCGGCUGUCCUGCACGCUGGGCUUCCACGCGCAUGCCGAGGAGCUCGGCUACCUCAACCGGACCGUCGCCCGUGUGCUGGUCACCACCGACCUGCUGCGGGAGCGCUUCGGCCUGCUCAGCGCCCGGCUGGACUUCGACGUCCGCAACCUGUCCAUGGUCAUGGAGGAGAUGAAGGUGGUGGACGCCCGGCACGGGGAGAUGCUCCAGAACGUCACCAUUUUGAGAGGUGUGCCUGGCAUGCCGGGACCUCGAGGGAUCAAAGGCGAUGCGGGCGCCAGGGGACCUGGGGGCGGCCGAGGCCAGAAGGGCGACGCCGGCAGCUUGGGCGACCCCGGCCCGCAGGGAUCCCACGGCCCCCCGGGCGUACCGGGGCCUGCGGGCGAGAGGGGCCCCGUCGGCUCCAGAGGCCGCUCCGGCCCCAAAGGGACGAAAGGCGGCUACGGCCAGCCUGGGCCCAAGGGACAGGCGGGCCCGAAGGGCGACGUGGGGCCCCGGGGUCCAGACGGGGCCGCCGGGCCGGUGGGGCCUGUGGGGCUGCAAGGAAAGCCGGGGAUGCCGGGGAAACCCGGGGCACCGGGUCCCAUCGGGCCUAUGGGACCCAAGGGGGACCCCGGCCUGCAGGGAGAGCCUGGCCUGACCGGUCCCCCUGGCCCCCCAGGCCACUAAGCCAGUUGCAAGCCCCUGAGCUGUCCUCCCCCUGCCCCUUGGAGAAGACCCACAGCAGGCGCCUGGGAGAGGUCCCGCCGGCCCCGACCAGCCUCCCAGCACCCCCAU